AUGCCGGUCCCCUGGGAAGCUCUCAUUCCGUUUGGUCUGGUCACGACUAUGUUUGCUGCGGCAGGCACGCUACUGAACGUGUCCAAGAGGGCACAGAACCAGGGCAAGCCUAGCAGAUUUCACCUCGAUUCUUGGGACGAGAUGAUGAUGGACCGGGACAAGCGGUUGACAGGACACAUUCGAGGACAGACAUCGAAUACUACAGCUCCAGAAGGAUUCGAGACCAGUAGCGUAUGGUACACAGAAAGAGCAUAUUAG